CAAAGGAACCCUGUGGUGCCUGCCAUGCAUUAUAUAUGGUCGUUCCCAUUUCGUUGAUUUCUACAUCGCUAAGAUUACCAUUAACAUCAACAAAAUCAACAACACUGCCACUUCUUCACCAUCAUAACCAACGAUCUCAACUACAUUCACACCCCGUUACAAUAAUUUGAUCUCUUCUAUAAAAUCACCAACGAUCAAGAAGCUAAUUAGCAUAAUUACUUCUGCGAAAUCCCUUCUUAUAGAAGGCUUUCCAAAUUACUCCCAACCACACCUAAUCACCACUUCACAUACACAUACACACAUCCUCCACAAUGGCACCUGAAGGUACUCCCAUCCGAAAGGUCGUCAUCACCGAGUUCGGUGAUGUCGACAAGGUCCAGGUCCUCGACGAUGUCUGCCCACCCCCACCUGCAGACCACAUCCAAAUCAAGACCGAAUACACUGGCUUUAGUGGUGCCGAUGUCAACAUGCGAAAAGGCUUCUACCCUCUACAAAAGAAGGCCCCUCUCACCCCCGGAUACUGCUUAGUCGGUACCGUUAACGCUGUCGGCGAGAGCGCCAAGGAGUUCAAGGUUGGUGACGUCGUCGCUGUCCUAACCAAGUACGAUGCCGAAGCCGAACUUGUCAACCAACCCGAGAAGUACUGCAUCCCGGUCCCCGAGGGUGUCGACCACAAGCAAGCUUGCGCCAUAUUAACGGACUGGAACACGGCUUACGGCAUGGUUGUCCGUACCGCCAAGGUCCAGAAGGGUCAAAAGGUCUUCGUUCACGGUAUGAGCGGUGCUGUCGGUACCGCCCUCAUGGUGAUCAGCAAGCUACAAGGUGCCGAGGUAUACGGUACUGCUAGCGAGCGAAACCACGAAGAAGUCAAGAAGUUUGGUGGUAACCCGUUCGUCUACUCAAACAAGGACUGGAUCAAGGCGAUUACUGAUCUCGGUGGUGUCGAUGCUGUCUUCGACCCCCUCGGCUAUGAGAGCUUCGACGAGAGUUACUCCAUCCUUAACUCUACCGGUAUACUUGUUGCCUACGGUAACAACAAGGGUUCCCUCGAGAACGGCGAGCUCAAGAGCCCUCUACCUGCCCUACUAAAGUUGUUCGCUCGCAACCUAAACCCUCUUACGAAGAGAAGCACGACUUUCUUCGGCCUAACGCGAGACUCGCAAUGGUACAAGCCCAACGUCACUACACUAUUCGACUUGGUUAAGAACGGCACCAUCACAGUCCCCAUCAAGACCGUAUGGGAUAUGGAAGACAUCCAAACAGCACACCGAAACUGGGGUGGUGGCUCUGGUGUUGGUUCAUUACUGAUCAAGGUUGCCAAGGAUUAAAUGGAUUUUCUUAUGUCAAUCAUUUCCUUUGUUGUCGUGGUCAGAGUGCUCCAUCAUCAUCAUACCCUCACUUCUUUUUGGCGAACAUACAGGCUGGGCAGGAAUUUCUCAUCAUGCGAUAUCUCACACGGGGGUUUUCACUACAGGUAGAUAAGGAUGAGCGUUAAUGAAUUUGUGUAUAUGAUUACCUAGCUACUACGAGCUUUUCGGGGCUCUUUUCCUUACAGACUCUAUUGAGAAAUGAUACCAUCAACCGUCUCCUACUCUGAAGAGGCGGUAUCGGUGGUGGCGGGAAAAUAGAAUACCAAAUUGUUUCCGUUUACGACAGUUCAAGUUUCCAAUAAUUGAUUAAGCGGUGACACAAACAC